AAACACAAACACAAACACAAACCUCAAAUCAAAAUUCAAAUUCCAAAAACCUCAACUCAAAUCAAAUCAAACAAAACGAAUCUAACAUAGCCCACUUCAUCACUCUUCCUACACUGCCCAACUCUCAAAGUAUUGGAGCCAGCCAAUCGGGGUUUAGGGUUUUUUUUUUUUGACAAAGAUGAAAGCUUCACUGAAAUUCCGUGAAGACCAAAAGCCACUGCUCAGAGCCAAAGUUCCUCUCAGCAUCUUAGGCUUGCCGUUUCAGUCCGGAGUUAUUGCCGGUGAGUCCAAGGAGCUCACUCUCAACCUCGGUACCUUCUUCGAAUCUGGGCCGUCGAUUAAGAUCGCUUACCGUCCCAAUGACACGUGGAACCCUUUCUCUCUCGUGGUUAAGACUGGUACGGGUCCGUUUGGCUCGCCGAUUUCUAGCUCCAUGCUUAUGAGUGCUGAGUUCAAUUUGAUUGGGCGUGGAAACCCUAGCUUUAUGCUUCACCUCAAGCCUCAGUUUGGGGAUUUUUCUAUCAAGAAGUCGCAGUCUUCGGUUUUUGAUGGGAAGCUUGUUAAGUCGCUGAACGGCGCCGUUCCGGAGGACGAUUCGUCGAUUGAGGUCGUGGAGAAGCCGUUUAUGAGCGGUGCGUUUUCCAAGACGGCACUGGCGGUGGAUUCGACGGCGGGAACGAUUGCCGGGUUGUUCUCCGGUAUUGAGGUGGCAGCGAGGACGUCGUUGCCGGUGCGGGGACGCGCUGUUGUGAAUUUCCGGUGGGGAGUCAGGGUUCCGGCGGAGGUGAAUAGCGUCGGUGAGAAUCCGAAUCCAACGGCUGGGAUUUCUUUCCAAAAGAUUCCCUUUUUGGUGAUGAACAAGAUCGGGAUCGAACACGUGGACGGCGAGGAUUCAAAGAAGAAGACGACGAGUCCGAAUGUGAAUUCUCCAGCGAGUGGUGACGUCGCGGAAGCUUGUUUUACUGUUAAAAGGCAGUUGGAGAUAUUGCACGCCGAGAACGGGUUGUUGAAGAAGGCCGUGGAGGAUCUUCGGCGAGAAUUCAAAUCGGUCGGAGAUUCAAGCUCCGGUGAAAGAAAUGGAAAUAAAUCAUCUGGCGGGAAAUUCGAUAGGCGAAACAAUGACAAGAAAUCGAACGAGGGUGAUGUGAAUGAAGAACUGAAGAAAGCUUUGAUGGGAGCUACUGGUUCUUGAAUUUGUCGAUAUUUAUUUUUUUGGUAUUAUUAAAUUGCAGUAUCAAUUUUAUGAGUUUUCAUACUACUUGUUGGUUUGGCUUGGUUUGGUUAGUGGUUAGUCGUGUCAUAAAUGAGAAAGAUGCGUCUGUUAUGUAUAUUGUGUUUUGUUUUGGGGCUAUGCACUUUUAACAAAUUUAAGUUUUGAGUAAAAAUUAGAACUUCAACUCCUAUGGAGUCGUCGUUUUGUUCA